AUGAGUGAUGAAGAGAUCACUUACACAACUGUGAGAUUCCAUAAGUCUUCUUCAGGGUUGCAGAGCAGAAGAAGGCCUGAUGAGACUCAAGGGCCCAGAGAAUAUGCACAGGGAGAGUCUUCAGUCCCCUGGCUCCACACUGUGAUACCUCUCGGAAUCCUUUGUUUCAUUCUGCUGGUGACAGUUGCAGUGUUGGGGACAUUCAUUUUUCAGUGUAGACAAGAAAAACAUGAACUACAGAAAAAUCUAACCAACAUCAAUCAAACAUACAGUGUCAUGCAAAAUAACAGAGGCUUAAAUGAAAUGUUGAGAAAUAAUACUACAGAGUGUGAUGACUUCAAAUAUCAGGAAGAACAAAUCUCAGGAAGAAUAAAUCUCAACAGAGAACAGAACAGAUUCUGUAGGGAAACUAAGGUUGAUAUAGAUUGCAAAGAGCACACAGGCAAGCGUGUUGAAGCACAGUGGUUCUGCUGUGGCAUAAAAUGUUAUUAUUUCAUCAUGGACAAUAAACACUGGAAUGGGUGUAAACAGACCUGUGAGGAUUGCAGCUUAUCCCUUUUGAAGAUACAUGACUAUGAUGAACUGAAAUUUCUAAAGCCCCGACUUACUACAAACAGUUACUGGAUUGGAUUGUCAUAUAAUAAAAGCAAAAGGAAAUGGCAAUGGGUUGGUGGUGGCCCAUCUAAACUGUGA